UAUUCCGAGAAAAGGGUGAAAUCGUCGUUUCUUUUGUUAUCGCAGUCGUGUUUGUUUCUUCGCAAAGUUGUCAAAGGAGUCGGUGCUAUCUGGAUACCUAUUCCCAAACAGAUCCGAAUCCAUAUUUUUUCACCUCCGAAGAACGGAAACCCCCCAAAUUUCGAUUCACUUUCACCGGCUGUAUGCUAGCCAAAGGGUUUUGAAUUUGAUAUUCGAUGGAGGGGGUUGGAGGUGAUGGUCCCUCAGCAGCAGCUGCAGCAUUGAACCAAAAGAGGCAUGAAGUGUCGAGACUUUUCCAGUAUUAUUUAGAUAAAUCUACUCCACAUGCUACUUAUCGCUGGGUCGGAACUUUUGUUUUAGUGUGUCUUUACGCUCUCCGGGUUUACUAUGUUCAAGGGUUCUACAUUGUUUCAUAUGGUUUGGGGAUCUAUAUUCUGAAUUUGCUCAUUGGGUUUUUGUCACCGCUUGUUGACCCUGAGCUGGAACAAACCGAUGGGCUGCUUCCAACAAAGGGUUCUGAUGAAUUCAAGCCUUUCAUUCGCCGUCUCCCUGAGUUCAAAUUCUGGUAUGCCAUCACUAAGGCUUUCUGUGUAGCAUUUGUGAUGACCUUCUUUUCCAUGUUCGAUGUCCCAGUCUUUUGGCCAAUACUAUUAUGUUACUGGCUGGUACUUUUCGUACUAACAAUGAAGCGUCAAAUCAUGCACAUGAUGAAGUACAAAUAUAUCCCAUUCAAUAUUGGCAAACAGAAGUACAGAGGGAAAAGACCUGCUUCCAGUGCCAGCAGCCCUCGAGCUGACUGAACUUUCUCAAAGUACCGAUAUUAGGAAGUAUGAAAUUGGAAGAAAAAAGGGGUGAUGGAUUUAUACUUCAUUUUAGUUUACGGGAUUUGUUUUUGCGUUGAAAUAUUGACACGCACCUAAGUACAGAAUUAUUAGCGUAUAGUUCAGUUGUUGUGCUGAUAUUUGACUAUGGCAGCAAACUGUUGUUGAUGAUGCAGGGUAAGAAGAUAAACUUCAUUAGUUUAAUGCUUGCUUUAUACUUCAGAUGGUCUCACUAGAUGGACCAAGUUAGCUUAUUGCCAUUUAACUUUU